CGGCUGGCUCAGCCUGCGCGUGGCCGCCUCGCUCGCUCCCAGCUCCGCCGGCGGCCGCGGGUCCGGACAGCUGCGCCGGCGGCCCGUGGCGGAGACAGGCGCCGACCCGAGGCCCCCGGCCCGCGCGGCCUUAGGUGUGUCAUUUCUCCAGGUACUUCAUGGUAUCCUCCCCUGCGCUCUCCACGCCUCUGCUCCACACAGCUCCUGAGACAUGGGAGAGAACGAGGACGAGAAGCAGGCCCAGGCUGGGCAGAUCUUUGAGAACUUUGUCCAGGCUUCCACAUGCAAAGGUACCCUGCAGGCCUUCAACAUCCUCGUACGUCAGCUGGACCUGGAUCCUCUGGAUCAUAGAAACUUCUAUUCGAAACUCAAGUCCAAGGUGACCACCUGGAAGGCCAAAGCCCUGUGGUACAAACUGGACAAGCGGGGCUCCCACAAAGAAUAUAAACGAGGAAAGUCAUGCAUGAACACCAAGUGUCUCAUCAUUGGGGGUGGACCGUGUGGCUUGCGAACCGCCAUUGAGCUUGCCUUCCUGGGGGCCAAAGUGGUCGUGGUGGAAAAGAGGGACACCUUCUCCCGGAACAAUGUGCUGCACCUCUGGCCAUUCACCAUCCACGACCUGCGGGGCCUGGGAGCCAAGAAGUUCUACGGAAAGUUCUGCGCUGGCUCCAUUGACCACAUCAGUAUUCGCCAGCUGCAGUUAAUCCUGUUCAAGGUGGCAUUGAUGCUGGGUGUGGAAAUCCACGUGAAUGUGGAGUUUGUGAAGGUUCUUGAGCCUCCCGAAGACCAAGAAAACCAAAAGAUUGGUUGGCGGGCAGAAUUCCUCCCUGCAGACCACGCUCUUUCUGACUUUGAAUUUGAUGUCAUCAUUGGCGCUGAUGGCCGCAGGAACACGCUGGAAGGAUUCAGAAGAAAGGAAUUCCGUGGGAAGCUAGCCAUUGCGAUUACUGCCAACUUCAUCAACAGAAACAGUACAGCUGAGGCCAAGGUAGAAGAGAUCAGUGGUGUGGCUUUCAUCUUCAACCAGAAGUUUUUUCAGGAUCUGAAAGAAGAAACAGGGAUUGAUCUCGAGAACAUUGUUUACUACAAGGACUCCACCCACUACUUUGUCAUGACUGCCAAGAAGCAGAGCCUGCUCGACAAAGGGGUCAUUAUUGAGGACUACACCGACACAGAGAUGCUGCUGUGUGCAGAGAAUGUGAACCAGGACAACCUGCUGUCCUAUGCCCGGGAAGCCGCAGACUUCGCCACCAAUUACCAGCUGCCCUCUUUGGACUUCGCCAUGAACCACUAUGGGCAGCCUGAUGUGGCCAUGUUCGAUUUCACCUCCAUGUACGCCUCGGAGAAUGCAGCCCUGGUGCGCGAGCGCCAGGCCCACCAUCUGCUCGUGGCCCUGGUGGGCGACAGCUUGCUUGAGCCAUUUUGGCCUAUGGGUACAGGUUGUGCCCGUGGCUUCCUGGCAGCCUUUGACACGGCAUGGAUGGUGAAGAACUGGGACCAGGGAACCCCACCUCUGGAGCUGCUGGCUGAAAGGGAAAGUCUGUACCGGCUGUUACCUCAAACCACCCCAGAGAACAUCAACAAGAACUUUGAGCAAUACACACUGGACCCAGGGACGCGCUACCCAAACCUCAACUCAAAUUGUGUCAGGCCCCAUCAGGUAAAGCACCUGUACAUCACAAAGGAGCUGGACCACCACCCUCUUGAGAGACUGAGCUCCAUGCGGAGAACAGUUGGCCUCUCCAGGCGAGAGUCCGACAUCCGGCCCAGCAAGCUCCUAACGUGGUGCCAACAGCAGACGGAGGGCUAUCAGCAUGUCAACGUCACUGACCUAACCACAUCCUGGCGCAGUGGCCUGGCGCUCUGUGCCAUCAUCCACCGCUUCCGGCCAGAGCUGAUCAACUUUGACUCACUCAAUGAAGACGAUGCCGUGGAGAACAACCAGCUGGCAUUUGACGUGGCUGAACGCGAGUUUGGGAUCCCUCCCGUGACCACGGGCAAGGAGAUGGCGUUGGCCCAGGUGCCCGACAAGCUCAGCAUGGUCAUGUACCUCUCCAAGUUUUACGAGCUCUUCCGGGGCACCCCACUGAGGCCCAUGGAUUCUUGGCGCAAAAACUACGGAGAAAAUGCUGACCUCGGUCUGGCCAAGACCUCCAUUCCUAACAACUAUCUCAACCUCACGCUUCCGAGGAAGAGAACGCCACGAGUGGAUGGCCAAUCCGAAGAGAACGACAUGAACAAACGCAGGCGGAAAGGCUUCAACAACCUGGAGGAGCCAUCAGCAUUUUCCAGCCGGAACCUGGGCUCCAGUCAGGAGAGUGGCAGCAGUAAAGAAGGAGGCAAUCAGAACAAAGUCAAGUCCAUGGCGAAUCAGCUGCGGGCCAAGUUUGAGGAAAGCACUCGGAACCCCUCCCUUCUGAAGCAGGAACGCUGUGUCUCGGGGUUAGGUAAGACCACCCUGUGCUCUUCCUCUGAUUCUCCUGCUAGCUCUCGCUGCCCCAAGCCGGAUGAGCCCACACCCAGCCCAUCACCUCCUCUGAAAAGGCAGUUCCCCUCCACGGUUGUGCCAGGGCAUGUGCUCCGAGAGCUGAAGCAAGUGUCCGCUGGCGGCGAGUGCCCAAGCAGGCCCUGGAGAGCCAGGGCCAAGUCUGACCUGCAACUGGGUGGGCCCAAAACCUCCGAUGGCCUGCCUCCUACUUGCCAGGGGGCAUUGGCCCUUUCCGGGGUGCUGCGACGGCUACAGCAGGUGGAAGAAAAGAUUAUCCAGAAAAGGGCCCAGAACUUGGCCAACAGAGAGUUUCACAAAAAGAACAUUAAGGAGAAGGCGGCCCACCUGGCCUCCAUGUUUGGACACGUUGAUUUCCAGCAGAAUAAGCUGCUCGCUAAAGACCUAUCUCACCACACUCCUCCUCCGUCUCUUCCCUCUUGUCUUCCGUCUCCUGACUCAGCUGCUCCUCCCUCUUCACCGGCUGUCAACACUGCCUCCUCUUCCAGAAAGCUCACAGUAGGGAGAGUGUCCAGCGGAAUAGGGGCUGCAGCUGAAGUCCUGGUCAAUCUGUACUUGAACGAUCACAGACCCAAGGCCCAGGCCAGCUCUCCAGACCUGGAAUCCAUGCGGAAGGCGUUUCCCCUGAACGUGGGUGGCAGUGACACCUGUUACUUCUGCGAGAAACGUGUAUACGUGAUGGAGCGGCUGAGCGCUGAGGGCCACUUCUUCCACCGCGAGUGUUUCCGCUGCAGCGUCUGUGAUACCACCUUGCGCCUGGCUGCCUAUGCCUUUGACUGUGAUGAAGGCAAGUUUUACUGUAAGCCUCACUUCAUUCACUGUAAGACGAACAGCAAGCAACGCAAGAGACGAGCACAGUUGGAGCAGAAGAGAGAGGAGGAGAGCACAUGGCAAGAACAGGACACCCCUCGGCGAGACGCGCCAACGGAGAGCUCUUGUGCAGCGGCUGCCAUCAGCACCCCGGAAGGCAGCCCCCCAGGUACCUCCACCUCCUUCUUUAGGAAGGUGCUGGGCUGGCCGGGGGCCCUGCUCAACAUCCCCCGGGGCCUGCUUAACUGGAUUCGGGGACUUCUGCGCGCCAUGGGCCUCCAUAUCAGGGACAAUGCUCACAACUACUGCUACACAUACGAGCUCCUGAGCCUGGGGCUUCCGCUCCUCUGGGUCUUCUCUGAGGUCCUGGCCGCCAUGUACAGGGAAUCCGAGGAGUCCCUGGAGAACUUCUGCAGCUGGGUGCUCAGUUGCAUCUCAGUCAAGCUGCCCUGAGCCGCCCAGCCACCCAGAGCGCCCCACAGCGUGUGUGACGCUUGCGGGGAAAGCCCAGCGUCUGCUCUCCUUUCCCCAUUGUCUUCAAAGCCAAAGAGGCUCACACUGGCUGCCUUCACCAGCUCUGUCAGGGUGAACAUCCACUUGGUGCCGGGCUAGGGUCAACAUGAAGGAUGUGUUUUUUUGGUUUUUUUUUUGUACAAUCUUUUUUUAUACCAAAGUGAGCCAUAUUUCUGGGUUUACAUUUCAAUUUUUAACUUUUGAUAAGCCAGGAGAGGAUUUUUUUUUUCUUCUUUUUCUAUGUGUGUCGAUUUUGCUAGGCAUGGUUUUCAAGUUCAUUACUGGUCUUACAUACAGCUUCAGUGAGGCAGUGGCUUUGAAGUGGCCACUGCCUGCGAAGCUUGUGAUCUGGGAUUCGGUAGACAGUCAUGUACCACCUCCUGACCAGUGCCUUUCCACCCAUGUCCCUGGGUACCACCUGGCCAUAGCAGCCAAUUGUUUGCAACAGGAAAGCAUUUCUAUGUUGUAAGAAAAGACUAUGAGGCCAGAAGAGAAUUAAACCUACUAAAGCACAUAGCAGUCAGAGCUGACUGUUACUUGUUCUCCCUUCGUUUUGAAAUCCAGUAAUCGCUUAGAGGCCCCUCCCCCCAGUCCUACCUUGCCACCAAGCGAAAUUGCAGCUGAACCCCUAAGGUUGGACCACACUGCCUCAAGCACACAUGUCCCUGCCCACUUGGCCCCUAGGGCCUUCUGACCAUGCUGAGCUCCACCAGUGCUGCAGACCAGCCCUGUAAAGCUGGGGCAGUUUAACUCUCUGGCUCCCUGCCUGUUCCCCUAGCUCAGCUGUAGGCUCAACCAAGUCCAUCCAAGGUCCCUAAUGACCAGCCGGAAUGGAAUGGAAGACACUGUCCUUUGAGCUUGAGCGUGUUAGCACCUCCAUGGUGCAGGGGCAGCGGGCUCAUGGCUCGCAGGUGCAGUCCACUUGGCUGACAUGCGUGCUUGGCUAAAACAGUUAGGAAACAGUUUCCCACCACCCCCAGAAAAGGAAUGUGCCUGACCUCCAGAGAGAGGCUCAGCUGUGGGUGGCUGGGCAUGUAAACUGCUUAUUGGAUGACUCAAACACUGUACACCCUGAUGAGGCCAAGCCUGAGCACUGGGUCCGCCUGUAUUAUUUCUUGUGGGUAUCCACAGGGUCUCUCAGAGCACCCCACUGCACUCUGCCAAGGGGUGCAGGGUCCAGGGAGCCAUUGAGAGGCUAAGCCGAGAAGGCCUGCUUUGGGGCUCAGCCUGUCCAGAGUUGCUGGACCUUAGAUAGCACCAGACAGUUGUUAUCAUUAGAGAUUCCUCCAGAUUAACAGAGCGAGACAGCCUGGCACGGGUUAGGAGCCAGAGAGCCUGAGCGCUCUGAGAUGACAAGCUGCUGUAUGAUGGGAAGAAAGGGUGGGGAAGGCUGUGUUUCCGUAAACAUGUCCCUCAAAUCCUUGGAAAAGCAGACCCCUGGCCUUGGCCAAGUCUGUGAGAACCGGGGCCUCUAUUCAUGUUCAGUCUAAGUCCAGCAACUCGCAUUGUGCUGUCCUCAAUCUUUGCUACGGUUUUAAUGUUCAACCUGAUCAUGAAGGUGGGGCCUGAUGCCUUUGUUUGAUGAGAGAAAAGUAAAUUCUUGGGGGCAUGAUUGGAACAGUCAUGAAUUUUUGACUAUCAUCAACUCAGGGUGAGCUGAGGUGCUUUCUGGAAUGUUCCACGCAGCCUGAGUGGAAUCUCUUAGCAUGUAUUUAAGGCCCUGAGGAGGACUGGUUUGCAUUACUCUGGCAGACAGGGUGUGCCUGCCGCAAGAUUCAGAUGUCUGUAAAAUGUUCUGAAACCUGGAACCAUCCCGGUGUGCAGCACCAGACAUGUGAGUGGCUCCUCAGGAAAGAAGGCCCAAUCUCCACCUUGUAUUGGAGCGUCCACAUGAGACCCUAGAAUAAGAUGGGGAUGCAGGGGCAUUCUGGGGGCAUUUCUAGCUCCUGGUGGGGGACAGCAGAAGGUUGGCGACAUGCCAGCCAUGUGCCAAUCAUAGCUGGGUCGCUGCGGGAAAUGUUGUUCUCUCUUGAGCAAGCAAUGACUUCUCUUUUGUAACAAUUGCCUUAUUUCCACUCCCACUGCCUUCUCGGAUGGCCGCCUGUUUUCCUUCCCCAGCCCCACCCCGCCGCCACCGUCCCACCCUUGCACUAAAAAUCUCUUUUCUGUCUUUCUCUCCUUCCAACCUGACACUGUGGCCAUCAGUUCAUUUCACCCUUCCAGUUCUACACCCACUUCUUGGCUGACACAGUUCUGCUCGGAGGUGACUGAUUUUCUUGCCAAUCUUCAGAGAGUGGCACUAACCCCUGCCCUGCUUCCUGCAACUGUUCUGCCCUGCCGCCGCCGCCACCACCAGUGGUAUGGGGUUGUGCUGACUGUGAGCGUCUUGCAUACUAAUGGACUCUUUCAGUGGCAUGGUUGGUUAGCAGCAUGGGGUGAUGUCCAGCCCAAAAGGCCCUGUUCUGGUCCCACUGCCCUGCAGCCAGCAGCUCGGUCCUCACCAAGUGCAUGUCCUGCCUCUCCUUGGCUCCCUAGGCCGGCCUCCGUGCAUGCUUUCCCCACUUGUGCUUGCAAAGCCUUGUGCCUUCUUGGGAGGGUUGACCCUGACUGGGAGACAGAACCAUAUGGAAGGGCUGUAUCACCUCAGAAAAGGUGUUGAGUAGCUCGUACAGACCUGCCUCAUCUCCAAUUGGCUCUAAAGUAAGAAUUGCUCAUGGCCUUGGUUGAAGCCUAUGUAAUUCCUCUAGCAGAGGUUACACACCUCAUCACAAGCUUGUGCCUUACUCUGGGUUCUGAGCAUGUGAUCAAGAUGAUUCUUGCAAGUCCUUUCUGGCGGCCUGCCCUCUAGAUCCCAGGCCUCUGCUGUGACUCUCCCUACCUGCCUUGGUUUCUAAUGCCCCCUAAUGAGGCAAGCGUUGCAUGCAGAGCAGUCCUGGGCCCAGGCUGGCUUUGGAAGAUGAGCUGUUAGUUGUAAUGCCCCUGUGGCUCUGUUCAAGGCCUCUUCUCUUGCCGACUCCUUUACCUGGAGCAUCAAAGGCUUCCCAGAGAAGCAACACACCAAGUCAUGAUGGAGCUUUCAUAGGUCAGGCCCUGUGGUAUCUGUCUUGCAUGUGCCCAGAGCUGCUGCAGCCUCCUGGCCUGUCUGCUCAGUGUUGCCUGCUGCGUCCUCGCCAUGUGUGUGCAGAGCCUGGCCAGUACCAAGUCGAUGCUCUUGUGUUAUCUUCUCUUUCAGAGUCUUCCUCCCUUUCUAGAAUGUCAACCAAAGAGUGCCCUCCACCCAUCCCCCCUCCCCUACCCCAUCUCUCCUUAGCUAGCCGCCCCAUCUCAUCACAAGGCAUGUUUGUGACAUUGGGUAAUCAUUUGCAGUGCCACACAAAAACCCUGUAUUUUGCACACGGCAAACAAUGUUUAGCUUUAUUUAUGGUAUUUGAUGCUGUAAAUGAAAAUAAAUAUGGUUCUUUAUAAA